AUGGCGUUCGCGUAUCAGGGGUUCGGCUUCGGAGAGAAUCUCCCUUCCUCUUCAUCCCCCAAAGCAAAGGAACCCGAGACCGUGUUGUGUGAGCGAGAGCGAGAGCGUUUCUAUAAAGCCCAACAGAAGCUGCAGGAGAUCCUCGAAGCUUGUUUCCUCGGAGUGUUCGAUGCGCCCACCACGUAUCUGUCGCUAGCUCGGACUCUCGAAGGCCUGGCCGACAGGAUCGAGCGCCUUCUUGACGAAAAUGGAAAUCCGAACUCGUCGAUAUUGCGCGCCGACAACAAGCCGCCGGCACAGCAGAUGCUGCGCAUAGCGAGCCAUGGCCUCAUCGAGAGCCUCAACCACCUCGAACGCGUGAUACCCAUCGACGAGGCCAGAAGGGACCCUGGGGAUAUGCGUGGUCACAAUGUCGUGUACAAGCUGUCAAUGCAUGGCGAAGAGACCGUGCUGGGCGUCUUGACGGAAAAGUUCCGCUUUCAGACCUGGAAGUUAGAUCUAUUUUUCAAAGUGCUGCGCAAGAGCAAAGUGUCGCAAACCCUCUCUGUCUACGAUGGCGUUCAGAGACGCCUGGGAAAGCACUUCGAGGAGCUCGCCGCUCGGAAGUCGACGGCAUCGUACAGCACCACGAGCAGCUACGGCGGAGCGGACUCCUCGGGAAUCCAGGAAAUCGACCUCAUCCAGCGCUUCCAGGAUGCGUGUGAGUUUGGCGGGAGUGGUCACAAUUUUAUCUGGAAACUUAAGCCCGAGAGCACGCUCUUAAUCACACUACACUGGGUUUUCAACCAACUGCCCAUCGAAGCCUAUGUCAACCUUAUGAAAUGCUCCUGGUUGCUCAGGGUGACGACGCCCGAGGCCGGAGUUGAAGGUUUCUCGGAUGAGGUGCGGACGAUGAUAGGUCUGCUCGGAUGUGAUGUUGUGUAUCGGCUUCAAGAAUACUUUGACCAAGAAGUGGAACCGCCAACACCCCAGGAGCUGAUGGAGCGUGGCAACUUUAGCAUUUUCAUUGACGGUAUCAACAAGAAAGAUAUCGGUGCGGGUCUGGUGAGAACAGCAGUGCCGACAGCAUUCCCUGGCGUUGAACCCGAUCCGCCGCUCCGGUUGCCACUGCAAGUUGGCAACGGCGAUUUCCACAUGUCGGAUUCGCCUUUCAACCGCUUCUCCCCCAUCGAGGAGCCGGGCUCUGCAGGAACGGACUUGCGAUCCAACAGUAUGGACAUCGACAAACGCCAUCUGCCAGAACUUUCUAUGGCAUUGGCCGAGCAGCGCGGCGGCCCCUCGCGUUCCAUAUCUGCGUCCCCGUAUGCCGGGGACAGAGAUUUUCAAAACGAAAACGGCAGCAGCAGCGGGCCCUCCUCUCUUCACAGUGCAUCGAAUUCUAUAUCGUCGCUCGGUAGUGCUCGGAUGGGCCACCUCGGAGUCGGAGUCGGAUACUCUCCGGAGUUUUUCCCUACGACGCAGCGCAUAGGCCAGCCACAUUCAAGGCCAUCAACCUCGGGAACAAGUGGCCCGCCUGCCCCGCGGAAGCUCAAACCGAACUAUAGCUGGAACGAAAUUGUGGACAGGGAGAAUCUCGGCGUGAGACCGGGAGAGAUAGAGAUCCUUCCGAAGGAUUUCGAACAGAUGCACUUGAUGGCGUCGUACACUGGAGAUAGGCAUGGUCGGUGGGACAACUGCCGUGUCAGGAUUUUCAAGUUGAUGUCGGACAAGACACUUCGGAUGUUGACGCUGAUGGAUGGCUUGGAAGAGAGUAUCGAUCAGCGAGUCGCAUACGUCAAGGAGGCCGAACUUGUCCCAGAUUAUGGCUAUCACCAAAACCACCCCAUCAUCUACAUCCGCAAGACUCACAAGCAGGAUCCGUUCUUACAUGGAAACCCUCGGAAGAUUGCCGGAAAACCUAUGCCACCGAGCAGUCUCUACUACAAAUUCAAGACCGCUCGCGAUAUGUUCAACUUUCAGUUCGCACUACUCGGAGAAGCCGUGGAAACAGAGUGCCAAGCCGUGCGCACCGUGCGCUUCAAGAAGAGCCUUCGUGACGGCGAACACAGCCACUACAAAGCGCGUAUCCAGCUCUGGAGGGAGGUGGACAACGACACGGAAGUUCUUGCCAGCGUCCCCAGCGUGGCGCCAACAGCAACCAGAGAAGCAUGGGCGCGGCCGAACCUAAAAGUGCACACCACUCGCAUGGUGAUGUAUUGGGAUGAAACCAUCACCACUUUCUUCAUUACCGACUCCAUCGACAUCGACAUCCGCCACCAGCGGCGGUGCUCGGUCCGCAUCCGGCCGAGCUCGCACAAAACGUUUCAGAACCCGACAUCUGUAAAAGCCCGGACGUUCGGAUCCCGGGAGGCACCGGGAGGCUUCCGGUUGGACAAGAAGGGGCUUUUCCCGGAUGACGAAGAGAGCUUUGAUGAUUUCAAGUGGUUUGAGAUCGAGUUCAAUAGUCAGGAGGAGAUGAACAACUUCUUCACCGAGUUCAAAAAGGCGCUGAAUCUGCGGCGGAGGGAGCGCUGGCAGAUCGAUGAGCUCAAGAGGUUGGCCGCUAGAGGCGUGCCGGCGGGCGCCGAGGUCACGGUUACCCCGUCGCAGGCUGUAAGGAGAUGA